GCGAGCUCGGCGUGUCCAGCUCGGCCACGGCCGCGCUCAGGUCCCGCCGAGCGCUGCCCGCCAGGCCGCCGCCUCGGCUUCCCCUUCCCUCUGCCCUUGGCCGGCGCGGAGGGGACAGGGCAAAGGAAGCUGGUGGUGUUCCCGUCCGCUCGGAUUCGGAUUUUUCAGCUGGGGAGAACUUUAUCCCGGGUCGACGAGAAGCGGCGGGCCACCGCGCAGGAGAGUGAGGAUGAGGAUGAUGCUGGUGCUGCUGAUGUUGCCGCGAUGUAUCGUGCUCGGGGGGCUCUGGUGAGACGCGGACCUCCCUGAUACGCGCCCGCCUGUAGGAGGCUGUAGUGGUGCUGUUGCACGAAGGAGCUUCCCGUCUGAUUUAAACCUCAAACGGACGCUUUCAUUUCUUUUUUUUUUUUUUUUUCUUUUUAUUUUUCUUCUUUUUUUGAAAAAUUUUUUUAAAGUCUUCCCCAACGGGGCUGUGGCUGCUUGGACGCUAAAGCCAGCGAGCAUCUUGAGGGGUUUGCUUUCCUUUUGUCCUAGGGACUUCUCUGCAACUAACGGAAGAGUCUGUGCUGCGUGUGUGGUACCCUUUCCUCUGCCCUCCAGCGUUUCGUGCAUGUGCUAUUGGAGUUGCUCCGAUCGGGAACGGCUGUGCAAGAGCCCCCGCCCGCCUCCUUUCUCCUCCUCCUGCCUUUCUCCCUUGUUCAUCGCUCUGUGUCUUGCCGGUGGUUUGGCCCCUCAGCCGACGCCUGGGAACAACGCGACCCUCCCUGGAGACUUUAUUUCGCCCCCUUGGCUUGCGACGGUCCCGGCGAGGACACUGCGACCCGCUCCCUCAGGCUGGAUUUUCCCCUUUUGACAAGGGGCAGAAGUGGAGAGAGGAGUCGCCUCUGCUUGGGGUUUCCGGCCUUACAAUCGCAUCGACCACUUGCGAGUCCGUGAAGGGGAUUAUUCGCUCCCGCUGAGGGGCGGCUGUUGCCUCCCCCCUGCGCCCCGUCGGGUCCCGUCCCGCCGCGCCCGGGCGUUGCGGGCGCCGCCCGCCGGUCGAAGCGCCGGCGAAGAGCUCGGAGCGCUUGUGACCGUCCCAAGCGCGGCCCGUCCGCCUUUCCCGGCCACCUCAGCCCUCCUUGGAACGACAGCAACAAAGGACGCCGCGGCUGGGGGAUGUCCCCGCGGCGGGGGCACUGAGCCGCGCCUCGCCCCGCUGCUGCCCACGGCGGCGGAGGGAAGGCGGCCGGCGGGUGUCGCCGCUCCUGUCCCCUUGGCGCACCGGGUGUGAAGCCGGGGCAGGGCGGAGAGUUUCGCUGCGAGAACCGCGCUGCAAGGGAGACCCGCCGCGGCCGGAGCCAUGUUCCCCCAGAGCCGGCACCCCACCCCGCACCAGGCUGCGGGCCAGCCUUUCAAAUUCACCAUCCCGGAGUCGCUGGACCGCAUCAAAGAAGAGUUCCAGUUCCUCCAGGCGCAGUACCACAGCCUUAAAUUGGAAUGUGAGAAACUGGCAAGUGAAAAGACGGAAAUGCAGAGGCAUUAUGUGAUGUACUAUGAAAUGUCGUAUGGAUUAAACAUUGAAAUGCACAAACAGACAGAAAUUGCGAAGAGAUUGAAUACAAUUUGUGCACAAGUCAUCCCAUUUUUGUCUCAGGAACAUCAGCAACAAGUGGCCCAAGCUGUAGAACGUGCCAAACAAGUGACCAUGGCUGAAUUGAAUGCCAUCAUCGGGGUACGUGGCCUUCCAGGUCUACCUCCUACACAGCAGCAGUUGCAGGCUCAGCAUCUCUCCCAUGGCCACGGACCUCCAGUGCCUCUAACGCCGCACCCAUCAGGACUUCAGCCUCCAGGAAUCCCUCCACUUGGAAGCAGUGCUGGCCUUCUUGCCCUCUCCAGUGCUUUGGGUGGGCAGUCUCACUUGGCAAUAAAAGAUGACAAGAAGCAUCACGAUGCAGACCACCACAGAGACAGAGAGCCAGGCACAAGUAAUUCUCUGUUGGUCCCCGACAGUCUACGAAGCACAGAUAAACGCAGGAAUGGCCCUGAAUAUGCCAAUGACAUCAAAAAGAGAAAGGUGGAUGAUAAGGAUUCCAGCCACUAUGACAGUGAUGGGGACAAGAGUGACGAUAACUUGGUUGUAGAUGUAUCCAAUGAGGAUCCUUCUUCCCCAAGGGCAAGUCCCACUCAUUCACCACGUGAAAAUGGUAUAGAUAAAACCCGCCUACUGAAGAAGGAUGCCUCCAGCAGCCCAGCAUCUACAGCCUCUUCAGGAAGCUCCACUUCCCUCAAAUCCAAAGAAAUGGGCCUGCAUGAAAAAGCCAGCACGCCUGUUCUGAAAUCCAGCACACCGACUCCUCGAGGUGAUGUGCCAACCCCAGGCACUAGUGCAACUCCAGGACUCCGUCCAGGCCUUGGCAAACCUCCAACAAUGGACCCUCUGGUUAACCAAGCUGCUGCAGGUUUGCGGACACCGUUGGCAGUACCAGGACCGUACCCGGCUCCAUUUGGAAUGGUACCUCAUGCUGGCAUGAACGGAGAGUUAACCAGUCCAGGGGCAGCCUAUGCCAGCCUGCACAAUAUGUCACCCCAGAUGAGUGCUGCUGCUGCUGCAGCUGCCGUGGUUGCCUAUGGAAGAUCUCCUAUGGUUGGGUUUGAUCCUCCUCCUCACAUGAGAGUACCUGGAAUCCCUCCAAAUCUAGCAGGGAUUCCUGGGGGAAAACCAGCCUACUCCUUUCAUGUUACUGCAGAUGGUCAGAUGCAGCCAGUUCCUUUCCCUCCUGAUGCCCUCAUCGGUCCAGGAAUCCCUCGCCAUGCCCGUCAGAUCAACACCCUGAACCACGGGGAAGUUGUGUGUGCAGUUACCAUCAGCAACCCCACGAGACACGUCUACACGGGUGGGAAGGGGUGUGUCAAGGUCUGGGACAUCAGCCAGCCUGGCAACAAGAGCCCUGUCUCUCAGCUGGACUGCCUGAACAGAGAUAACUACAUCCGCUCCUGUAAGCUGCUUCCCGAUGGAUGCACUCUCAUUGUUGGUGGGGAAGCCAGCACGUUAUCCAUUUGGGACCUGGCAGCUCCAACUCCUCGCAUCAAAGCAGAGCUGACAUCUUCAGCACCUGCCUGCUAUGCCCUAGCUAUCAGCCCUGAUUCCAAGGUGUGCUUUUCCUGCUGCAGUGAUGGGAACAUCGCAGUGUGGGAUCUGCACAAUCAGACAUUGGUCAGGCAAUUCCAGGGCCACACAGAUGGAGCCAGCUGUAUUGACAUUUCUAAUGAUGGUACCAAGCUCUGGACAGGAGGUUUGGAUAACACUGUCAGAUCCUGGGACUUGAGAGAAGGGAGACAACUACAACAGCAUGACUUCACAUCACAGAUAUUUUCCCUUGGUUAUUGUCCUACUGGUGAAUGGCUAGCUGUGGGAAUGGAAAGCAGCAAUGUCGAAGUGCUACAUGUAAAUAAACCGGACAAGUAUCAACUGCACCUUCAUGAGAGCUGUGUAUUGUCACUCAAGUUUGCUUACUGUGGUAAAUGGUUUGUGAGUACUGGGAAAGAUAACCUUCUUAAUGCAUGGAGAACUCCUUAUGGAGCCAGUAUCUUCCAGUCCAAAGAAUCUUCAUCAGUGCUUAGCUGUGACAUCUCUGUGGAUGAUAAGUACAUUGUCACUGGCUCUGGAGACAAAAAGGCUACAGUCUAUGAAGUUAUCUACUGAAAAAUAUGAUGGGGAUAUUCUUUUAGUGGUUGAACUGGGCCAAAAUUGUUUGUAGAAGUAGAAAGGUUUUGAAUUUUUUUCAAAGGAACAAAAAUGUUGAGGUUCCAGACCUUGCCAUGAAGCUACUCCGGUUUUUCAAAAUAGAAGGCAACAUCCAGCAACUAAGUAUUGGCUACGUGGACCAGACGGAACACAGAGGCAAGACGGACAGAUGUAGCCUAGGUUUUUGACAUUAUUUUUAAAAAGCCAAGUCUACUGAAGAAUGUUGGAGCCUUUUAUUUUUAUUUUUUUUUCUUUUUGUGACCUCAUGCAAAUUUUUCUCAUUGCCUGAAUAUGGGGGAUAAAUACCUUUCUGUUUCUUGCAGUUCAAGUUGCAUUCUGUCCUGUGUAGAGCAGCAGUGUCUCAGAUGAACUUGUUUCCUGGUUUUGCAUCUUGUGAUAUGUUUUUGUAUUUUUGUUGAAGGUCAAACAUUUGUAUAAAUUGUAAAUAUAUUUAGUUUACUACAGUAAAGGCUUUAGUACCAACAACCAGUCUUCCCCUUUGCCCCCUCCCUGCUUGCCCUGCUUAUUUAAAAUUAAAAACCUUUUGGGGAUAUAAGUACCUUUUUAGAAGCAAAAGCAAACACUAUGUAUAGUUUGAAAAUGGUGUCUUAUUCUUUAUAACUAUUCUUAGAUUCCUUUAUCAUACUUCAAAGUAGUUGAUUUGACAUACUAGGGUAUCAAGUCCAGUAGAUAUUGUCUUGUUCUACAGAAACUUAAAGGCAGUUUUGUACUAAUUAUAGUGUAAAUAUAAAAAUUGAACAUUUCAUAAAGAUGUGCAGUUUAAGUUUAUUCUGAUGUCCCAUGUAUAUGUUUUUUGGCAGAUAGAGUAAAUAUGUGCCUGAUCAUAACUCAUUUGGUCAUUUCUCUAGGAGAGGAGGUGACUUCCCUGUCCUUUUUCCCCCAGCUGAACAGAAUUCAUGUGAGACUGCAUUUCAACUAAGUGCAUCAGAGCCUUUAUUCAUUAUAUGAGGAUGUCUGUGAUUAGAUAAGCUAGAUAAAUUGCAUCCUUCAUGUUUUACAGAGAAGUGGUAGUUAAUGACCAUUUCCUUUUUAAAGUCUUGUCUAUACUUAGAUACUCAGGUAAAUUUAACUAAAUUACCAAAAGUAUGAGUUUUACAGGGGAUUGCUUAAAGAUGAUAAACACUUGCAGGCUUGCAAGUGAAGUGAAUUAACCUAAACUGAGUUAAACUCGCUUCUUAAUUUCUUGUGAAAAUAUUGACAAAGGAAUAUUUUGAUUUUUAACUAAUCCACUCUACAAAUUAAUUAGAAUUAAUUUUCCUGAGUGUCCCAUGUUACGCAGGCCUUUAGGCUCUAUGUAUGUAUUCAUGCUGAGCAAUCUUUCAGUCCUUUCCAUUGUCACAUCGCUGUGUGAUAUCUGUGAAGAGCCAUGAUACGCAGCCAGUUACCAAAGCUAUGCAUCUUCAAGUUUUCUUGGUGUACUCAAGAGCAAUGGAUGAGGAGAGAAUGUGUUCACUUUACUUAACUAUUAUUUUUUCAGUCUAAUGUGUUCUACCACUGUGUAGACAACAAACUUUGCUGUUGCACUGGUGAGAGCCAUACAUUUCCUACAUUCUGUAAUUUGGUUAGAAUUUCUGUUCCUAAUGGAGAGUACAGCUGAACAGAAGGGUAUCUUUAAACAGCUAAUUUAGAUUACACAAACUGUCAGACAGAAGAGCUGCUUUCUCAUUUUGCUAGCAUUUGACAAUGGCCUAUGUCCCUGCUCUUUCAGAGACAUGAAACUAGGAAGAAAAAGUUUGACUGACAGAUGCAUUGAUUGGUUAUGGAAUUUUUCAUCUGGGGGCAAAUUUCUAGUUUCUAGUCUGAAGAGACACAGGUUUUCUUUUCAAUUUACAUGACCAUUCUACUAAAACCAUUUUAUAGCAUUUAGAACUGUAAUAGCCUUAAUGUGUUAACAUUGCAUUGGGAAUGUAAAAUGUUACCCCUUCAGGAUAAUCUGGUCUCCUAGAACAUUUAAAAUUAGCAUUCUAUCAGUA